AUGAUCCGCAACCCUAUGGUAUUCGAAAAGCUGCUCAGGAUUGUGCGGGAGACGUUUGGUCCGGCUGAUGACGAUGCGCCCAAACGGAUUACCUUUGAGACGCUACGUUCCUGCAAGUACCUCCAGAAUGUCAUGAACGAGGCACUCCGUAUGAAUUCUGUCGUACCCUUCAACAGCAAAUGUGCUGUGCGGGAUACCAUGCUGCCAACUGGUGGCGGCGCGGACGGUACAAAACCUAUCUAUAUUCGCAAGGGUACCGAAAUUGCAUAUAGUACCUAUGUGCUACAUCGACGAAAGGACCUCUGGGGCGAAGACGCAGACGAUUUCCGACCAGAGCGUUGGGAAGAAAAGAGGCCGGCAAAUUGGCACUUUCAACCGUUUAGUGGGGGGCCGCGCAUCUGUAUCGGACAGCAGUUUGCGCUGACAGAAGUGGGAUAUGUAAUCGUGAGAUUGCUGCAAUCCUUUGAUGGUAUUGAGGGGCUUGACUAUGAUGGGACCAAGAGGGACUGGCUCAGGUUUAGUAUCAUUGUCACUCCUGGAACCCCGAAUCCCAAGGAAAAGGCUGUGCCGUGCAAGUUGAGACUCGCGCCAGAGAUUAUGAAGAAGUUACAGUAA